AUUCAGCUUUUGUUCCCUCGAUGCAUGAUAUUCGCGCUCCAUUGAAUUGUCUACUGCAGAAGCAUAGCACAUGGAACUGGAAUAAAGAGUGUGACGCGGCUUUUGGUAAACUCAAGUCUAUAAUUAGCUCGGAAUUGUUAUUAACACACUACGAUCCAUCCAUGCCGAUCAUCGUAGCAGCAGACGCUUCAGCAUAUGGCCUAGGUGCUGUUAUUUCACAUCAAUUUCCAGACGCGUCGGAAAAAGCCGUUAUGCAUGCAUCCCGUACACUGACCCCAGCAGAAAAGAAGUAUAGCCAGAUAGAGAAAGAAGCUCUUGCCCUUGUGUUUGCUGUUCGCCGUUUCCAUAAGUUUCUGUACGGUCGGAGAUUCACGCUCCUCACAGAUCACAAGCCUCUGUUAGCAAUAUUUGGUUCAAAGUCCGGCAUUCCAGCCCAUUCUGCAAAUCGUCUUCAGCGAUGGGCCUUGGUACUUUUGGGGUAUGAUUUCGAAAUCCAAUAUCGACGUACUCUACAAUUCGGUCAAGCAGACGCUUUGUCACGACUCAUUAAUGAUCAAGUGGCGGCUGAGGAAAACAUGGUGAUCGCAUCUCUGUCAGUAGAAGACCACGCAGAAUGUUAUCUGACAACCGCAGUUCGCGCAUUACCGGUGUCUGCAACAGACAUACAAAAUGCUUCUAGAAACGACCCCAUCAUCAAGACGACGAUGAAAUAUGUCACUAAAGGUUGGCCGUCGAAAAAGUUUGAAGGUGACAUGAAGCAACUGUAUCAGCGGCGGGAGUCACUAUGCAUCGUCAACGAUUGUCUGAUGUUUGGUGAAAGAGUAGUGGUGCCAGCAUCCCUUCGUGCAAAAGUUCUGAAACAGUUCCAUCUUGGUCAUCCUGGGAUUAAACGAAUGAAGUCCAUAGCCAGAAGUUAUGCAUACUGGCCUCACAUGGAUCAACAUGUCACAGCGUUGGUUGAAAAAUGCAUGCGGUGUCAACAGGCGGCAAAGAUGAAUGCCAAAAUUCCGCCGGUUUCAUGGCCCAAACCUGAGCAUCCUUGGUCCAGGAUACAUGUCGACUUCGCGGGCCCAAUAAAUGGAACUAUGUAUUUAAUUGUCGUCGACGCCUUUUCUAAAUGGCCGGAAAUCAGCCCCGUUACGCCGCCCACUACAACUAAGACUAUACAGCUCCUAACUGAAAUUUUCUCACGGAAUGGCAUACCAGAUGUGAUCGUAUCCGACAAUGGCUCUCAAUUCACCUCUUCCCAAUUCCAGAAUUUCUGUCAACGGCUAGCUAUUAAACACUUACGCUCGCCACCAUACCACCCGCAAUCGAAUGGGCAGGCGGAAAGGUUUGUGGAUACGUUUAAAAGAGCACUGCUCAAGUCAAAAGGGGAGGGGACGCCAGCCGAAACGUUACAAAAUUUCUUGUACGUCUAUCGGACAACACCAAAUGAAUUGUUACCGGAGCAAAAGUCCCCAGCUGAAAUCCUGAUGGGAAGAAGAUUGAAAACGAUUCACAGCCUGAUGCAUCCGACCAAUGCACCCUCAUCAGUAGAGACAAAGCAGCAAAGACAAUCCGCUUACGAAGUAGGAUGCCCUGUGUUUGCCCGCGACUACAGAACGAACCAUGGUCCUUGGGUAGAAGCGAGAGUGGUCAGAAGGGUUGGUCGAGUUAUGUACGAAGUAGAGGUAGGAGGUGAUAAAUGGUCACGUCAUCGCAAUCAGAUACGCAGACGGCUAGCCCCAGAUCGCCCAUCAAGAGCAGAAAGCCUUCCCCUUGACAUCUUGCUUGAUACCUUCAACCUACCGAGAGCCCCGCCACGAGAAGAAACUCAGCAGCAAGCUGUUCUUCGUUCCCGAAGGUAUCCCCUCAGACAGCGGCGAACAAUAGUCAAGAUGCAAGUCAACCACAGGAGAACACGCUAUUAAAAAGGGGAGGAGUGUUGGGGAUGUUAGAUCCCCAAAAUUCGCUUGAUAAUGCCGUAUUUCGGUUUUUCACGUUCGCCAGCAGGGGCUGAUCAAAUGACCUUGAGAUUUCAAUUCCCACCAGGAAAAUCCAUGGCUGUGAUUGGCUGCUGUGUAUUUUAGUAUGCUAUUUUCUUAACUGUCUCAAGGACGUUGUUAUGUUGUAUAAAUAAACGAGAGUUGUAUGCUUGAUUGUACUGGAUUGCUGGGUGCUUGUAGAAUAUACUUUCUACGCUUACCAAGACUUCUGUUUUACCGUUUGGAUUCAAGGUAGCCUUCCUGGAAGCUGGUAAAAGUAUCGUUCGCGUUUAUCGACUAAGGUAAACUCGUAAUAGCAUCAAGCAUACUACUAAGUGCCGAACA